AAGAGGUGGCGGGGUCGUUACGGAGUACGGACUGUACCCCGGCACUGGCUACUGGCACGGCACGGCAACGGACCCGAAAUCUUUCUUCGAUCCAGCUGUGAACGGUGCGGUGUCCACUCCCUCCGGCGCCGCCUCCCUCCGGAUCCACCGCUCUCUGGUUUCCACACGCGGUCGCCCGCCUCCUCGCCUCCACAAGCCUACGCCGCCGCCCUCGCCUCUUUGCCGUCGCCCCGCUCGCCUGCUCCGCCACCGGCCCGACCAGCCUCGCUUCCUCCCUCUGCCUCUCCCUCCCAACUCCCGCCGCCGAAGCGCGCAGCUCCGCCAGCCCCGACGCGGCUCUGCCGGCUGCCGCGCCAUCCCUCCGCCGGCUCCCACGCGCACCUCCUCGACUGCGCGAAGCCUCCGCGCCGCCGCCGCCAGGGCCGCCUCCUCCGCGACCGCGCGCCGCCCCUCUCCACCUCCUCUGCGGCCGCGCCACCUCCUCUCUGCUACAUCGACCAACAGCUCAGGAAGCAACGAGCGUUCCAGCGGUAUGACAUGAUCCCACAGAACGCUUUGAGAGUAGCAGAGGAAGGAGGAACGAGGAAGGGUUUAUAGUUUGGAUUAUAUGAUUGGAUGAUCGGAUGGUUAGUAGUUUGGAUUGGAAGAUUGGAUCACAUCGCGUAGUCCACCUCUCCUCUCCAGUUUCCACGAGAAAAAAAGUACUGGCAUAUUAAUUUCAGAUUUUUAGUACCACUUAUGUCAUUAACAUUAGCAAUGGUAAAUUCCUCUUAUUUUGUUAACGUAUCUCUCAACAUGCUUAUUUAUAUUUAUUUGCUGCAGAACAUAUUAAAUCUUUGCUUAAUUUUGAAUUGUUCGCUGUAAAUUAGAACUUAUAUGUGCAUAUACAUGUAGUCAUGUAUCAAAUCCGCCGUUCAGUCAUUCAGUGCUCUGUUCAAGUGUAAGUGUUCAGUACCAAUUUUUAAUCAUGUUCAGUAUUACUACAUCGUGGUUCAUGAUGUUCACUUGGAAAAUGUUGACCUUUUUUUUUGUUCUUUGAUAGGUGGAUCCUCUUUCCCACCAAGUCAAGGUUUGUGAAUUCGGGAGUGCUAGAAUCUUGAUCUUCCACAAGAGAAUGUCUCCAGAAGCAAUGGAUAGGCUUCUAGAAAAAGAUAAAGUGCCAAACCCAUGCUAUAGAGUAUAGACUGAGUUUCAACAUUGGAAGGCUCAACUAAAUAUACCAGUUCCGGAUACACACUACAGGACAAAGGUGCACAGCACCCGAUAGCGCGCUGCCUUUUUUAGUGUAGAACUAGAAAACCAACGCACAACACAAACCAGAGAGUUCUCCAUGGACGUCGGUGGCGGCGCCACCGGCACACGCUGCCGAGACCCCACCGCUGACCCCUCGUCCCAGUUCUUCGUUGACGCUGGCCAUCCAUACGCAGUCGCUGCAGCCACUGCGCUCACCUCCCACCGCACCAAGUCCAAGUGGUCCCACCUCUCUUCGGUCCCCGUCCCCUCCCCCUUCCUGGCCUCCGCCGCCGCCGGCGUGCUCCUCCUCCUCCGCCACCGACCGCACACCGCGCUCCGCUUCCAUGCCUUCGCCAUCCGCCGCCUCCUUCCCUCCCGCUCCCCUCCCCCUCUCGUCUUCUCUGCCGCCGCAGCCCACGUCGCGGCGGCCUCCCGCCUUCGGGGCCCUGCCCUCUCCAUCCUUGCCUCUGCCUCCCGCCACUGCUCACCGGCCCAGAUCUUCAAUGCCCUCGCUGCCACCUACCGCUGCUUUGCCUCCGCCCCAUUCAUCUUCGACCUCCUCCUCCUCGCCUACCUUCGCUCCCGCCGCGACGUCCUCGCUGCGGCCUCCGUCGCCCGCCGCAUCCUCGCUGCCGGCGCACGGCCGCUCCCCUCCACUGCGGCAGCUCUUCUUCGUUCACUCCCUUCCGCCACCGCGGCCCUCGACAUGUAUCAUCAAAUCUACACGCAUCCAAGUCCACGGAGCAAUCACCUCCUCCUGCCGACUGUUCACACCUUCAAUUCCCUCCUCCUUGCUUUCCACCGCGAAGGCAAGUGUGAUGAAUUCAAGAUUGUGCUCCAGGAAAUGGACAAAUAUUCCUGCAAGCACAACGUGUGCACCUACAGCAUCAGGAUGUCUGGGUACUGCAAUGGCGGGCAUGUGGAUAAGGCGCGAACACUAUGGGAUGAGAUGAUUCAGGAAGGGAUCCAGCCUGAUAUAACUGCGUACAACACAAUGAUUAGUGGGUAUUGCCAUUCUGGGGAGGUAGGGGUGGCAGAGGAGAUGUUUAAAAAUAUGUUGAUGGGUGGGAUUGAUUCAAGUGCCACGACGUUCGAAUGGUUGGUCAGAGGGCAUUGUAUGGCACGGGAUGUCGAGGCAGCAAUGCUUGUGCGUGCAGACAUGAAAAGGAAGGGGUUUGGGUUGGCGCCAGAGGUUGUUGAGGAAUUGCUGGAUGGAUUAUGUCAAAAUGGGAGGGUUGAGGAUGGCUUGAGUGUUUUGCGAGAGGAGAUGAAGAGGGAAGAAUUUGUGCCAACCCGGAGGAGUUACGAGGUGUUGAUUAUGGGGUUUUGUGAUGGAGGGAAGGUGGAGGUGGCAAUCAGACUCCAAGCAGAGAUGGCUGGAAAAGGAUUCACUGCUGGCAGCGAGGUGUACUAUGCAUUUAUUAGUGCUUAUGAGAAGUCUGAAAAUUAUGAGAUGGUCGAGAAGUUGAGGAAGGAAAUGUCGGCGAUGGGCACUUAGAGCAUGUCUAGCAGCUCACCAAUAAUUCAUCCCUAAUAAAAUGGUAUUGGUGGUCACCAAUAGUGCUUUUUUUGGAAUAUUGGGGAGACUCUAUAGUAGAUUACCAAUAAUCUUUCCCAAUACAUGGGACCCACAUGUCAGAAUAGAGGAUGUGGGAGGAAGAAGAUGACGACAGUUGUUGUGGUCCCAACACCUAUAGAGGGAGAUGCAACUCCCCUUUUAUUUGAGGGGAGAUGGGAGAUUUGUUUUGGUGACCACCAAAAAAAGGGAGAGCUAUUGGGGAGCUGUUGGAGCAAUGGAAUUGCCUCAUCUCCCCCAAUAUGACAGUUUUAUGGGGAUGAGGGAUGGUAUUGGAGAGCUACUGGAUGCUCUAUCGGAUCUGAUAUUUGGCUUGGAUAUUGCACAGUGAUGCAUGGAUAUCAACCUCACCUAAUUGCAGUUGAGAACUAUGGUAAAUCACUUAUCUUUACAUCACUCCUCUUCCUUUGAUUAAGUUGCUUAGUUUUAAAACCAGCCAUUUGUUCUCUCUUGAAUCUGUUUCUUCUUGUAGUUUGUUAUUUGUUCUGCAUGGCAUGUUAUAACCAUUUAUUUCAGAAAAUUUUGAUGUCUAGUAUUGAAACUUGAAACUUCAAAUAAUCCAAAAUUGGUGCUAACUUGUUCUCUAGGUGAGAGGUGUGUAAAGCUUGUUUGCUUCAAACCGAUGGUAACAACUGGUAUGGAAACAUCAUGUUAGAGCAGGCAUUAGUUCCAUAUUCCACUCAGUCACAUUCAUCUAAAUAGUGGUGCAACAAAUUCUGAAUUGGUUGAAGGAGUUCUCUCCUAGCACUAUCCUGGAGACGGAUGUUGGAGAAAUAUGACUGCUGGAUCUGCAAUAGGAUAAUGUCUUUUAGUCGAUCCCUUUUGUGCUUGUUUGGUGAACUUGUGUCCCCAAUCUGUUGAACUCUGUAAACAUUUGCUUUCCAUAAAAGCAGAGAUAUUCUCCUUAAAAACUCAGUCCAGAAUGGUGAUAUAUGAAUGAUCCCUGAGAGUUUAUAAGGUACAACCGUACAAGUCCAGGUGCUAGAGACUUCUCAAUUUGCUGGAAAAUGCUGUAGUAUUUUGUGUUGACUUGCUGUUUGAUAUAUGCUCAGUACCUCACUGUAAAA